AUGACAAAGGGCUUGGCAGUGCGUUUCGGGCGGGCGGAGGCUCCACUCGGCUUCUGGGACCCGCUCGGCUUCUCCGAUGACGGCGAGCAGGCGUACAGGCGGCGCCGCUCCGUCGAGCUGAAGCACGGCCGCAUAUCGAUGCUCGCCUGCAUGGGCUUCAUGACGCCGGAGAUCACAGGCAAAUUGCCGGGCUAUCUGGCACCAUCGGCGCAGUUGAAGUUCGCCGACGUCCCGAAUGGGUUGAGCGCUUUGGACGCGGUCCCUGCCCUCGGCUGGGCCCAGAUUCUCGUAUACUUCGGGCUUGUUGAGUAUACUGGCGGGUUCAGCGAUUACCAGCCUGGUGGCGCCCCCGGGGACUACGGCUGGAAGGUCCUCACGUCGAACGAUCCCGUAGAGAGGAGAAGGAAGCUGAACGCCGAGCUCGCCAACGGGCGACUGGCCAUGGUCGCGAUCAUGGCCAUGCUCUUCCAGAAUGGACUCGCGAAGACCACCGGGCCCUCCAUGUGGAUUCCUCCACAGCUCCUGCCACAUUGA